CCCAGAUUAAACCAUGCUCCACUACUGAAUGACAGUCACACUCUUCCGUUUCUACAGUAAAACGUUGGGCAAACCCACUCCCAUUCAAUAUUAGAAACAGGGAACUGCAGAUGCUGGUUUACAAAAAAAAAGACACAAAGUGCUGGAGUAACUCAGCGGCCUGGCAGCAUUCCUGGAGAACACGGAUAGGUGACAUUUCGGGUCGGAAAUUUUGGGACUCUUCCUCAGAUUCUGAAAAAAUGUCGCGGCUCGAAACGUCACCUAUCCAUAUUCUCCAGAGAUGGUGCCUGACCCGUUCAGUUACUCCAGUACGUUGCCUUUUUUAUUCCCCAUGCUACCUUCUCAAAGAAAAGAGCAUUAAAGCGCAAGAUGGGAAUACACAUUGAAUGUGAAAAGCCAUCUCUUGGUUCCCAGACGCCCCUGCCCCGGACAGCGUGCGUGUGUGUGCAUGCUUUAAGGAUAUUGGAACAGGGAAUUGUGAAUCGAGUCCGGGCGAUUUCUCAGCAUGAGGAUUGCUAUCAGGUCAUCUCUUCCCAGCCUGUAGGUGGCACAAGUGUUCUUCCGCUGAGCUCCUUUAACCCAUUCCCACAAUUGAGUCGCAGCUCAUCAGAGGGUUUUUUUUUUUAAUUUCCGAGCGGCAAGUUCUACACUGGAUAGACAUCGCGAUGGCGUAUUUUUUUUUUUUGCCAACUGCAAGAAAGCGAGUAAGGCAGCAACUGAAACUAAUCAACAUGAUCAUUGCAAGACUACUCUCAGAUGUAUGUUGCUUCUUCCCCUGAUAAAUAAACUUGAUAAAAGAGUUGUUGACCCUUGGCAGGCGCACAAACAAAUUGAUGGUGCGAUUAACUGAAGGUGUUAAUAUUUCAUACAUAAACAGUGUGAUGGACACAGCAUUCACCCUUCUCCUCGUUAUGGACAGAAGCAGAAUUAAAGUGCACCGCCCCCACCCCCUUUAAUCUGUAGCAUCUCAUUCCCCCGCAAUGGUUAAACUGUAGCUGUGUGUUCUAUGAAGCUGCUGGCACGAUGCGAGGGCAAAAUCGACCCGCAGAGUGUCUGAAUUUUAAACAUCUUUCUGCUUUUGACGUUGCCGCUUUGAAAUUAAAUGUUUAAUUACAGCCCAUUAUUUUCCCCUGGUCCAGCCCUUUUGGAUUCUCUUGGCUUGUCACCAACGGGAUUUUUUCCCUCAAUCUUUUUUCUCUCACUCUCACUCUCUCUCUCUCGUGCACUUUAGGAUUUAGACAGACAAGCAACUGGGAAGGAGCCUGGAGUUUGUGCCCCCGUAGGUUGAGAUGGUUGAGUCCUCGUUCAAGGUUGCUGUGGUAUCCCAGAAACACAUUCACUCGCAGUAGUGUUGGAGCGCCGCGGACCAACAAGCAACACUGAUCGGCGACAAACACACCACCACCACCAUCACACUACAGCACACACACGCACCACACACACACACGCAAAAUUGAAAUCGAUAUGAAAUCGAACUGCAAAAUACAGGAGAUUUCGACUCAAGAUUCGCUGACAACCAUUUUUCGGACAGGAUGCUCUAAAUGCUGCAGACACGGGCUCUCUUUCCUCGGGAAGGCAAUGGGAACGCAAAGUGGAGUUAUAUUUUCACAUCUUGUCUUUUUAUUGACCAUCACAUGUGUGGAAGGGUUUAUUUAUACUUGUGGAGGCACAUUACAAGGAUUAAAUGGCACGAUAGAAAGUCCUGGCUUCCCAUAUGGGUAUCCAAAUGGUGCAAACUGUACAUGGAUCAUUGUGGCAGAAGAACGCAAUAGAAUACAGAUUGUGUUCCAAUCAUUUGCUCUGGAAGAAGAGUAUGAUUAUCUGGCAUUGUAUGAUGGGCAGCCACAUCCUGUAAACUUCAGGACAAGGCAAGUAAUGCUUUGCAAGGAUUGUGAUUUGCUCAUGCAAAAUUGUUUACUGACCCCCUGUAUCAUUUCGAUAAAUAUCUGUGUUACCAACUGUAUGUAGACUAGGAAAGACUUUCAAUGAUUUGGCAUCUAGUUGAGCAUAGGCAUUGUGUACAAAAAGGCCUGUUCCUGUACUUCACUAUUCAAUGUUUUUUGUUACAUUAAUUUAACAAUAUCAAGGGUUUGGUGUUAUUUUCUUAAAUGACAUGUUUCUCAUUAUUCCUUCAGCAAAACUUUGAUAUAUUUCUUCUGUGCAAACCUGUGAAUUUACAUUGUUUCUAAGUGUUUUCUGUAGACAAAGAUGGUCACACCUUAAAUGAACACGUGUGUCACCUGGCCUGAAAAAUAAAUAAUGAUGUUUAAUUUUUUAGAGGUGCCAGUACACUAUACCGUUACAUUAAAAAAAAGCACCGGUUUCGAACUUAAUUACAUUUUGAACAUGUUAGCUUGAAAGUAUCACCUUAGCAAAUAAAUCAUCUCUGACCAGUGGUUUAACAAUUGAGUUGUUUCACCAAUUA